AUGGCAGCCUCCGAAAACGAGCUCAGGACCUUCUUCGGUGACCUCUCGAAGAGCAUCGACAUCCCGACCUUCGACCAGAUCUUGCAGAUGGACGAUGACCAGGAGAGGGAGUUUAGUCGGACACUCGUUUUCGAGUUCCUCGAGCAGGCUGAAGAUACUUUUGGGCGCAUACAAAAAAGCCUAGACGAACAAGACCUUCCAGACCUCUCAUCGAAAGGCCACUACCUCAAGGGAUCAUCGGCGACUUUAGGCCUAAUCAAGAUCCGAGACAGCUGCGAGAAGAUUCAACGAUAUGGUUUGAAAGAGAACGUGGACGGAACUCCCGAGCCUGACGAGGAACUAUGCCUGAAGCGCAUCAAGAACACUCUAACGGAACUCCGAGAUGAUUUCGACGAGAUUGCUAAGGCAUUGAAGAGGUUUUACAGAGCGGAUGAAGAAGACGGGGAGGAGGACGACUCGGAGGAAGAAGAUGAUGAGGAAGAGGAUAAGGCGGAAGAGUCAAAGAAUGACAAGGCCCAAGAGCCUGCUUCCACGGAAGGGGCUAAAACCGCAGGUGACGCCGAGCAGGACACAAAAAAGGGUAACGGACCGAAGGCCAGCGCUGAUGCAGCCGCAGCUACAGACAAGGAGGAUACAGCGAAGGAGGCCGGCGCCAGGUAA